GGGGCGAUUAUACUCUCCGUCUGCUUUUCCCUCCCUCUACGAUCGAUAGAGAGAGAAUUAUUCAGCCUACUCUUCUGCCUUCGUGUUGGGGGUUUUCGCUGUUACAGUCCUCCCAUGGCGCCUUCAGCUCCGUCAAGCUCAGCCCCUGAAUUUCAAACGCCCAAAAAGCCACUUAGUUUAUUCGCUAACGCGCUAAAACGCAAGGAUAGCUUCAUUCAGUUCUUCGCCAUGACUGGUAUUUUGCUUCUAAGCUUCCGAUCUUUGGGUCAGAAGUACCGUAUCCACGACCUUCAAGAGGACACUACGGCUCUCAAACAAGAACAGGAAACCCUAAUUGACCGUAUGAAGAACAUCAAGCGCAGCCUCCUUCAUGAGGCAUCCCUCGAGUCCACUGGCCUCUUCGCAUCCAGGCUUCGCCUUCUAUUCAGCGAAGAAGAUUGACUGCUUUAAGUCUUCAUUCUGUGAGUUUGUAGUCAUGAUUUUUAUUUUCUUCCUGCUUCCCAAAUUUUACUCGAUUUUGGAGACUUCCCUGCAUUUUUGUUGUUGCGGUUUGUAACCUUUGCUGACACUUUUUGUUUACUUUUUCUAAUGUAAUAAAGAGGUCAAUCCAAUCUUCGGUGAA